AAUCAAACAUGAACUAGCUUUCUUUAUUUUCUGCAUUUUGCUUUCUUUCCCGUUCUUCUAGUUUAAGACCUCAACAUCCGGUUUCAGAUAUAAGCCGCGAGUCGUUCUCAAUCGCCUUCUGAUCACGAGUUUGUUUCUCUACGCUUUUAACCUCUUCAGCUCGUGGUCAUGGUCUCUCUUUUUCCACCGAGAACAAAACACAACCCAACUUUGAACUUUAACAAUCUUUCUGGGUGUCUUCCCAGUAUAAUUGUUCCUGCAUUGUACUCAAAAGUUACUUAAAAAGCCUGCGUAGAUGGUCGUCAAACCUUUUACUGUGGACUUGGAUAAGCCUCUCGUCUUCCAGGUUGGUCAUCUUGGCAAAGGUUACUAUGAAUGGGUUCACCAACCUGUUGUCAGCAAGGAAGGCCCCAGAUUCUUUGCAAAUGACUAUUUGGAGUUCUUGACCCGCACAACAUGGUGGGUGAUUCCACUAGUUUGGCUGCCUGUAGCAUCCUGGUUAGUCUCUGUGUCUCUCCGAAUGGGGCUUACUUUACCUCAGGCAGCUUUAGCGGUGGUUGGUGGAAUCUUUAUUUGGACAUUGUUGGAGUACGUUAUUCAUCGCUUCCCUCUUCAUAUGAAAACAAUAAGCUAUUGGGGAAACACCAUUCAUUAUCUUUUUCAUGGUUGCCAUCACAAGCACCCUAUGGAUAGGAUGCACCUUGUUUUCCCCCCUGCAGUGACAGCUAUUCUGUGUGUGCCGUUUUGGAAUAUGUUUAGGCUUUUAUCACCUCCAUCAGUUGCUCCGGCUUUGUUUGGAGGAACCGUAUUUGGAUAUGUAGCAUACGAUGUUACUCAUUACUUCCUGCACCAUGGGAAGCCGUCCAAUAGAUUGACUCAAGAUAUGAAGAAAUAUCACUUGAACCAUCACUUCAGAAUUCGAAGUAAGGGAUUCGGGAUCACUUCCUCCUUAUGGGACAAUGUUUUCGGAACAGUGCCUUCAACAAAAGCAGCUGAGAAAAUGAGUAACCAGUAGCACUGGCUGGUUAACAUGGUGUUGUUGAGGUUGUUUUGUUGACUCAGUUAGCUUGGCUUAAUCAAAGUUGUUAAUAAGUUCCUGCAUAUUAGGAACAUCCUGUAGAGUUUGAAUUGUUCUGUAACAGGUACCAUGUUUUUAGAACGUGGUUGUUUUGUUUUGAAUUCCUUAUCUUGUAAAGGCUAUAUAAAGCCUAGUU